UUUCCAAUGGCUGCUUUUCAUCCGGUACACGCGGUCCAAGCACCUAUUUUACCUAGCAUCAUACACGGUUAAUUUUCAAAAGCGUUUAAAAAACGUUAAUACAAUUUUUCAAGUGUUGAAUGUAAAAAAAGUGUACUGACAAACUAAUAAAAAUGGCGCGAUAUGGGCAACGUCCCGAAAAUGCUCUCAAAAGAGCUAAUGAAUUUAUUGAAGUUGGUAAGCCAGCGCGGGCACUGGAUACCCUGCAAGAAGUAUUCCGAAACAAAAAAUGGACGUACAGUUGGUCAGAAUCGGUUUUGGAGCCAAUUAUGUUCAAAUACUUGGACCUAUGUGUGGAAUUGAAAAAAUCACACAUAGCAAAAGAAGGGUUAUUCCAAUAUCGGAAUAUGUUCCAGUCAGUGAAUGUAGGCAGUCUGGAGAAUGUAAUCCGUGGAUAUCUCCGUAUGGCUGAAGAAAAAACUGAAGCUGCAAGAAAGCAGAGCCAACAAGCAGUCAUUGAUAUCGACGAUUUAGAUAAUUUAGCCACACCCGAAAGUAUAUUACUAUCAGCGGUAAGUGGUGAAGAUGCUCAAGAUCGUAGUGAUCGUACAAUUUUGACUCCAUGGGUUAAAUUUUUAUGGGAAUCUUAUUGCCAAUGUCUUGAACUUCUUCGAACAAAUGCUCAUGUUGAAACAUUGUAUCACGAUAUUGCUCGUAUGGCAUUCCAAUUCUGUCUCGAAUAUAAUCGUAAAACAGAAUUUCGAAAAUUGUGUGAAAAAUUACGUAAACAUCUUGAAGAAAUCUGCAAACUCCCACAAUUAGUAUCUAAUGUUUCAAUGAACAAAGCUGAAACUCAACAGUUAAAUUUAGAGACUCGUUUAAUUCAAUUAGAUUCUGCGAUUCAAAUGGAAUUAUGGCAAGAAGCUUAUAAAGCAACUGAAGACAUUCACGGUUUGAUGAAUCUUUCUAAGAAGCUUCCAGUUCCUAAAACAAUGGCAAAUUAUUACCAAAAACUUGCUAUGGUAUUUUGGAAAGCUGGCAAUUAUUUAUUCCAUGCAGCUGCAUUAUUCAAACUUCUUCAACUUUCACGAGAAAUGAAGAAAAAUAUGUCAGCCGAAGAACAACAACGUAUGGCUAAUCGUGUUUUAUUAGCAACUUUAUCUAUUCCACUACCAUCAGCACAUCCAGAAUUUGAUCGUUUUAUUGAGACUGACAAAAGCCCUCUAGAAAAAGCUCAAAAGUUAGCAAUUUUACUGGGUUUAAAUCAACCACCAACACGUGCAUCUUUGUUACGUGAUAUUGUACGUUUGAACGUAGUCAAUUUAGCAUCACCUCAGCUUCAAGAUUUAUACUCAUGGUUGGAAGUAGAAUUUCACCCUUUAGAAUUAUGUAUCCGAGUACAAUCAGUAAUUACAACACUUCAAUCAGAUGAAUCAAGUGCACUAGCUCAAUAUGUUCCGGCAUUACAAGAUGUAACAUUAGUACGUUUAAUUCAUCAAGUAUCCCAAGUCUACCAAACAAUUCAAUUCGCUCGUCUUCUUGAAUUAGCCAAAUUUUCAACAAAUUUUCAUUUAGAACGUCUUUUAGUUGAUUGUGUUCGUUAUAAUGAUAUGCAAAUUCGAAUAGAUCAUGGAAAAAAAUGUAUUCACUUUGGAGUAGAUUUAAGUGAAGCACAACGAGAAGAUCAUCCUGAUGGUCCACUUCUUCAAGCUAUGCCUUCCGAACAGAUUCGUUGUCAACUAGUUAAUAUGGCAACAGUGCUGCACCGUUCUAUUAAUGUUAUUAAUCCUAAUAAACGUAAACAAGAACGUGAAAAAAUACGAGCUGCUAUGGUUGCUAUGUAUCAUGAAACGAAAAAUAAAGAACAUCACAGAGUUCUUGAACGUCAAAUGAUUAUUGAACAGCGUAAAGAAUAUAUUGAACGUGUUAAUACGAUUCGAGAAGAAGAAGAAAUGCGCCGUCAAGAGGAAUUACAUCGUCAACAAAUGUUGGCUGAACAAAAACGUUUAGAGCAAGAACGUGAAGAACGAGAACGUAAACGUCAACAAAGUGAGAUACAACAGAUUAAAGAUCGUCAUUUGAAGGAGAAAAUGCAACAAAUAUCGAGAACCAGUCAUGGUCAGAAAGUUCUUAAAAAAUUAGACGAAGAUGAAAUUAAGAAAUUAGAUGCUGAACAAAUUGCUGCCCGUGAAGCUGAAGAGUUGCAGAAAGAACGUCGUGAAAUGCAACAGAAAUUAAAAUCACAAGAGAAGAAAGUUGAUUACUUGGAACGUGCAAAACGGAUCGAAGAAAUUCCUUUAUUAGAAAAGGCGGUAGAAGAAAAACAAGAACUUGCUAAGCAGCAAUGGGAACAACAAGAACAAGAGAGAAUAUGUGCCGCUAUUGAGGAACGUAAUCAAGCAGUAGCAACUCGUGAGAGGAUGGCUCGAAUGAAAGAAGAUGCCGAUAUAUUCUUAUCUAAAAUUUUAGCUGAACGUAAAAGUGCAUACCUUGAAAAAUUGAAAGAAUUUGAGUCGAAGUUAAAUGAAGAACGAGCUAAACGAUUACUGGAGCGUAAGGUCCAAAGAAAAGCUGAAAGAAAGUCUAAAUGGGAACAAGAACGUGCUGAAGCAGCUGAACGUAAACGAAUCGAAGAAUUAAGAAUAAAACAAGAAGAAGAACGAAAACGAUUGGAAGAAGAACGCGCCAAACGCGAAGAAGAAGAGAAGGCUAAGAAAGCUGAAGAGGCAGCUAAAGAAGCUGAGAGACUCGCCAAGUUAGAAAAACAAGCAGAAAUUACACGUGCCAGGGAAGCAGAAAUUGAAAGAAAAUUGGAGGAAGAAAAGAAACGAGAGACUGAUGUUGAUACUUGGCGUCGAGGAGGUGAUCGUAGCUUCCGUGAUAGAGAUAGAGGAGCCGAUCGCGAGCGUGAACGAGGAAUUGAUAGAGAUCGUGAACGGGGCGUCGAUAGAGAUCGUGAACGAGGAGUUGAUAGAGAUCGUGAACGAGGAGUUGAUCGUGAACGUGAUCGAGAAGGCACAAAAGUUGAACUUACGUCUUGGAGAAGUGAACCAAGAGACGAGCCAAAAUCUCGUGAAGAUCGUGACGAAGAUCGUGGCAAACGAAGAAUUGAAAAAGAUGAUGAUCGAAGGUGGGGAGACCGUUUUGCUAAAGAUAAAGAACGCGAUACGAGAUUUGAUAAACCGUCGACUAGAGGUAUGCCAACUGGAAGUUGGAGGAAAGGCCCAGAUGAUCGUAAAGAUGAUAAGAGAGAUGAUAGAUUAGCAGACCGUGGUCCACGGCGAAUUGAUGGUCCAAGAUCUCGUGAUGAUGAAAGACCUAGAUUCCAACGUUCCUCAGGCUCUAACGAUUGGCGUAAUCGAAAUGUUGAAGAUUCAGCUAGAGAUUCCUCGAAACGUGAUGAGAGAGAUGAACGUGAUCGCAGAGAUGAACGUAGAGAAGAUAAAUUUAAACGAGAAGAUAAAAGUGAAGCUCCAGAAGAAGAAGGAUGGUCAAAAGUGAGCAGUAAACGUUAAAAUUGAAUAAAAUUAGAAUUUUGAAAAAUUCGGCUUUAAGGUUGGUGUAUUUAUAAUAUUAUUUUUUACUAGUAUUUGUAAAAAUAAUUAAUACUUCGAUUUUUUCGACAUUGUGCAAACAAUUUUAUAAUUGGUUUUAUAAAUGAAGAUGUCUUUUAAUUAUUAUUGGUGAUUAAAACCAAUUCCUUGAAUUAUAAACAAACAUUCUUUUUCUAUUUCACCUUUCAUUAGGAAAAUGAAUUAUUACAUUUUUGUAUAUUCAUAUUAUUAAUAAUAAAAAUUAAGAAAAAUAAAUUAAUUAAAAUGCCGAGAAAGUUGAAGUCAAUGUGGUAAGGAUAGAAAAAUGAAUUAUGUUCAUCAUCAAAAAAUUAAUUAUGUCAUCUUAAGUAUUAAGCAUGAAAAUCUAAUAAACAUCAUGAUUUUCAAAUAGA